UUAAGUCAUUAUGACAGACAGUUGACCGACUGUCUAACAAUCAUAACAAAAUAUCAAAACAUAACAAAAAAAAUCGUAAAAAGUUAUAAAAUUACAAAAAAUACAAGUAAUGCUUUAUUUCGUGUGUUCAAACAAUAUUUAUACUUGAAGAUGUCUCAACACUCAUCUCGGGAACGUAGCGCCACAAUCGCCGAAGGAGAUGGACUAGCGGUGAUCAGAGAAGAGCAACCCAGUGCUUUCGUCUCAAAGGAUGAUGUUUCAGUUAAAAAGGACUCUAUCCAUUCUCAGAAACCUGGUAGCAUAACCGGUGCAAAGUUUGGCGAUGCAGACGUCGAAGCUCUGCUUGCUAAAAGAGAAGCUCAAUUAAGAACAGAAUUUGACGAUGAAUUAAAAACACAAUUAGGUAUGCUACGGGAACGAUUUGACUUCGUGCUGCAACAUGAACAAGUCCGCUCGUGUUACAUGUUACGGGAAGCUCACAGGGAAAGGAAGGAGAAAGUUCAAGCUCUACAAACACAGCUAGAAUGUAAAAACAUGACUGGUCUGAUGUACGUUAUGUGCUCAGAAAGAAGGAAAGCCAAAUUGGAAAAGAUGAGGAUUAUUUCCGAGUACACUAAGUACAUUCACACCCUCCAAGACAUCCUCACGGAAGGCCAGCGCCUCAUACUCCAUCUAUCUCGAGGGUACAAGACAGCAGCUCGCGUGGAUCACGAGUGGCGACAGAAAAUGAGAAGCAUUAUUAAAGAGUUCCAAGAAUACGUGUACCACUUCGCCGGCGGCACGCCCGAGUCCAACCAGUACGUGUUCGACUUACCAGCCCUGCUGAGGACGGAGACGUCUAUCGUUGAUGACCCUGAGGAAGACCCGUGCACGUGUGAAGGUGAAGAAGAAGAAAAAACGGUGGUAGACGAAGAUGGUGUAAUAGAAGAUAAGACGUGGUGGGAGCUGCUAGAGUCCCCAUGCAAACCGUUCGUCAUGUUCGGAGACAUGGCAGAGUUCCUACCCCCGCAGCGCCGGCAGGUCGUCGCUUCCGCUAAAGAAACUCUUAAGUCUGCACCGCCUAAGUGGAAAGAUUAUGUUUUUAACGAGAUGUUCUUGAAAUCCGACUGUCCCCGUGCUGACGUUAUCAAAGAUGAAUACCCGAAGCAUUUGCCAAUUGACAAGUGGGAAUGCCAUCAGGCCCAUGUGGACAACGACUCCAACGAAUCUUCCAGAUUCGGCAGUCGGCGUAUGACCACCAACAGCAAUGAUAUGCGCAACAUGGGUUCCAUCCUGAAAAUUAUCACGUCAAGUGGCCUAUUACCGCCAAAAACCAACCUGCUUGCAGCUAGGGACUCCAUGGAGAUCGCCUCCUCCACCAAAGUUCGAGGAAAGAAGAACGGCUUUGAUGUAAAAAACGUCUCCAUCUGUAUUGCAAGAACGAGAUCGUCGAGUCUACAGAAUUUGGCGAAAGAGUUCAUGCCCGGAAAAACCAACAAUAUAAACAAGUCAGACCCACCAGUCAGUAAACAACAUCGCCUAUCUGCCGACACUUAUGAUGAAGCGGAAGUUGCGGGGAGCACCAAAAACGGUUUAGAAAGCAUUCAAGACAGCCUGCUUGUCAUACCGUCCCACAAGGCAGAUAAUGACCAUAAAAUCAAUUAUGAAAAAAUCUGCCCCAUAGAGAAAUGCCAGCGAAUGCAAGUGGAUUCCUUUAUGCGUUCAUUACCAGCUUACAUGCGUGCGAGUCCGUACAUGCUUUUUGAGCAAACCUUCGCUGAGUACGAGACAUGUUCUCCUGAACAACUGCAAAUCCUACAGCAGCGCUUAGAGCAAAAGCAGAAAAAACACAUGCCUGAAGAAGAAGACAGCGCGUCUGCACCAGAUUUCGAACAAGCCGUCGAUGGCGUUGGCGUGCAGACUUCUGACGAGCUGAUCACGGGGCUCCCGCCUUGUACUUGCAAGGACCCUUAUCCGUCUAUUGCUUCUAGUACUACUAGGAUCUUUAGAGUGGAAGACCUUCUCCCGAUGAAAGAGGCCCUGGACGAGAUCACGAAGGAAUGCUUCUACAACCAAAACAUCGUGUUCGACCGGUUCAAAGUAGUGGGCCAAGAGAGCAGGCAUUCGUAUAACAAUGAAACAAAAGGUAAAGAAGAAUUCAAGAAGCUAAGAGUACAAGAGAUAAAGAACAUCCUGAGAAAGCAUCCCAGCAUGCUAGACCUGUUCCAACCCAACCCUCAGUGUUAAAACACCAGUAUGUCUAUCUUUUAUAAAUUUUAUUACAAAUAUUAAAAUUAUAAAAAAAACACGCUGUAUAAAUUAUUGUAACCCUAAUUGAAACAAUUUGAACA